CUUUCUUUUUCAUUCUUCUUCAAUUCCUAUCCCAUCUUCGUCGCCGUCAUUCGCAGAUCCCUUGAUUACCAUGGAUAGAAGAAGAAGCAAAGAAUAGAAAAGGCAUAGUUUUCAUGUCCAAAUCUUCCUAAGAGAAUAUGGAGUAGUUGGGAAGAAGACACUCAUAAGGGAGUCCUUUUGUUGCUCUCUCAUCGGCAACAAGUUCAAAGCACCUACUCGUUAGGCUUCAAAUAAAAUCGUCUCUUAAUUAAGGGUCCGGACGGGCGUCGCUCCCAUCGGCAACAAAUUUGUGGUGAUAGCUUGCUACUUUGGAAGUAGAUAUAAGAAAAGCAUCAUCCUUCAGAAUGAGCGCAGGGGGGGCAUUUGGUGGAAAUAGAGGAUUGAGACCUGUCCCACCAGAAAAGGGAGUAUUUCCGUUGGACCACUUGCAUUUAUGCGAUUCGGUACGGGGGGCAUUUGGUGGAAAUAGAGGAUUGAGACCUGUCCCACCAGAAAAGGGAGUAUUUCCGUUGGACCACUUGCAUUUAUGCGAUUCGGAGAAGAAAGAGUACCUUAGCUGUCUUAAAACAUGCGGACAUCAAUCUGAAAAGUGUAGACAGUUCUCCAAGAAGUAUCUGAAAUGCCGAAUGGAGAAAAACCUGAUGGCAAAGCAAGACUUGUCUGAGCUCGGAUUCGGAAAGCAACAUGAUGCAGCAGAAACCCUUUCUUCUGAGGAGGGUAAGGAUCCAAGGAUAGAAAAAUGAAGAACCUUACAUAGCAUCAUUAGCUUCUUCAUUUCGGGGAUUAGUUUGCUUAUGCUCUGUAAUUCUUGGGUUAGUCUUGAAUUAAGUUUUGCAUAAUAGAUCACUCCAAGUUUGCACCCACAGAUCUUAUAAAAUUUGCUCUUAAGAUAAUCUAUCAGAUCCUAUGAAAAUGAUCCUUUUUUUGGUGUCCUGCAACUUUUCUGCAGCUCUUGCCUUUGCAUAGUAAUGAGAAAGAACAAUGCUCAAAUACAAAGUGUAUGGGAUAUGCAUUGCUUACGAUUAGGCGUCCUUUCCAUAUACAGACUUAUAAUAGUUUUA